UGCUCGGAGCGCCGCCCGGAGGGGACGCCGCGGCCGCAGCCAUGGGCGCUGGGCCUGCGGGGGCGCGCAGGGGGCGCGGGGAACGGCCGAGCCAGGAGGGAGAGGCGGCCGGGACUGGGUCUGGACGCUGAGCCGCUGUGGGAGUCCCUGUCCGCGCUGCGAGGAGGGCCUGUGGCUGCGAACGGGGUGCCUCGGACGGGAGCCGGGCGGUCGCUGGCCACUUCACGGGAAUAGGUGGGGGGAGCGGGCCGGCCGGUCGAGAGGGCCGCGUGGACACCUUGGGGGGCUGCAAGCGACGUCGCCCACGCCGCGCGCGGCAGCGACCGCCGCAUCUCCGCAGCGGGGGGCUCUGGAGCCCAGGCUCUCGCCCCGGUCGAGCCCCGGGGGCACCCCCUGCAUGGCUGAGCUGCCCCCACGUCGGCCGCCCGGUCGCUGCCGGGGCUGAGCUCGCCGGGCCGCCGCCCUCGCCGCCCGCUGCAUGCCCGGCGCCCGGAUCGCAGCCCACCUGGACGCACUGGGCCCCCUGGUCCCCUCCGCGCAGCCUCCGCUGCUGCCCUCUAUGUUCUUCGUGGGCCUGUUUUUCGUCAACGUGCUGAUCCUGUACUACGCCUUCCUCAUGGAGUACAUCGUCCUCAACGUGGGCCUCGUCUUCCUGCCCGAGGACUUGGACCAGGCACUCGUGGACCUGGGCGUGCUCUCCGACCCCGGCUCCGGCCUCUACGAUGGCGACUCGGAGCUGGACGUCUUCGAUGGGUACUUGGAGUAGGGUCUUGCUUGCCAACCCCCCGGGCCUGGACCAGCUGCCCUCAUCAUGCCACCACCGCCGCCGUCUGGAUGGGGAUGGGACCUCAGGUCGAGGCCUUCCCCGCCCUGGAGGCCUGUAAGUGCCCACUGAAUGAACCCGGGUUGGGACCCUGGCCAGGGAAAGGGGGGCACCCCAUCCCUACCCCACUCCUUUGGGUCUCAUGUGAAGCCAGACUUGGCACGACCCCUCUUUGUGGGGACAGCUGUUGAGAAGGGGGUACCCAGGGACUGAGUGACUUGUACUUAACCCCAGGAUUUGAGGGGAAAAGGGUUUGUACCCAUAAACGUUUGAGGCAAAGCUGGCAGCUCCUCCCCCCAUCCGCAGCCCAUCAUGGUGGUGACCUUGAAUUGGGGGGGGGGGUGGUUCACUAGUUCUCAAAGGAUAAAGACUUAGGGGUGUCAGAAGAGAUACAGAGGCCGCACGGACUGCCUUGGUCCUGUGACCCCUGGGGGCAGC